AAUGGCGGUCCUAAAUCUUCACUUCCACUAUCAGAUCCCCUUUACAGCUCAGCCUCUUCAUUUUCCAAAUUCAAAAAAUGGCCACCCCCGCCGCCGCCGGACUGCCUCUUGACGGCCGAAACGCCGUCGUCACCGGCGCCUCCCGUGGAAUCGGCCGUGCGAUCGCCGUCCACCUCCACUCUCUCGGCGCAAAUCUUGUUCUGAACUACGCUUCCAACUCUGCGCAAGCGAAUAUUCUCGCGUCGGAGCUGAAUCAGUCAUCGACGCCGCGCCAGCGAGUUAUAGCCGUUCAAGCCGACGUGUCUGACCCGGCUCAGGUCAAGCGGCUGUUCGAUUCGGCUGUUGAGGAGCUUGGAUCUGAGAUUCACAUCGUCGUGAACGCUGCCGGGAUUCUCGAUUCGAAGUAUCCGAGUCUGGCCGGAACCGCCUUGGAGGAUUGGGAUGAGACGUUUCGGGUGAAUUGUAGAGGCGCGUUUUUGGUGUGUAAAGAGGCGGCUAAUCGGCUUAAGCGCGGCGGGGGAGGUAGGAUUAUUUUGAUUACGACGUCGAUCGUUGGAUCUCUCCCGCCGGGGUACGGUGCCUACGCGGCGUCGAAGGCUGCGGUGGAGGCGAUGGCGAAGACGGCGGCGAAGGAGCUGAAGGGGACGGAGAUUACAGUUAACUGCGUGGCGCCAGGGCCGGUGGCGACGGAGUUGUUUUUCGCUGGAAAAUCGGAGGAGAUGGUGGCGAGGUCGGUGGAUGCCUGCCCGCUAGGUCGGCUCGGGCAGCCCGACGAUGUGGCGAAGGUGGUGGGGUUCUUGGCUACCGAUGGUGGCGGGUGGGUCAACGGGCAGGUGGUUCGGGUCAAUGGCGGUUUAGUAAUUUGACAUUUAAAAAAAGAAAAAAGGAAUAAUUGGCAUCAACUAUACGACUGACACGAAUGAAUGCGCAUUUACAUAAAAGUCUAAGCUCCAA